AUGAAGUCAUUCGUUGCUGCUUCACUGCUUGCCCUUGUCGGCGCUUCGGUCGCUGCCCCUUCAACCCUCAGAUUCGCAAAGCGCGAGAAUCCAGAUAACAGCUGUGGACCCGACCCUGGCUCAGCCGCUAUUGCCAACGCCAUCAACCAAUGGAAUGGAGACGUUGUCACAGUCAACAGUUUCUUGGAGAAGGCCCCAUCUUUAGACUCAACCACACUGCUUUUCGAUCUUGAAAAUGCCUUGACCGCAGCCCAGGACGAACCGAAUCAACUCAACGUCCUUGCUUGUGAGGUGGACGUGGUGGGAUCACCCGCUCAAACCGCAGCGAACGAACUCUUUAACGGCUUCGAAAACAAUGUCCUUGUCCCACUCGGAAACAUCAUCUCUAAUCCGAGCGACGCAAGUAAUGUUGCAACACAACUUCAGACCAUCAACCAGUUCCGGUGCUGCCACGUUCUCCCGGACCUCGAUAUACUGUGGUCGAGCACGGCGGAGGACGAGGGUGUCGCUAAUAUUGCGCCCAUCUCUGCCCCAAGACCGAGUACCUGCGCUUCAAUCAGCUGCUAG